GUAUCAAACCACGUGGACCAGAAUGACUCAGCAGAAGGUUAAGUUGCGGAAGAAAGAAAACCUUAGCAACACACGAGUGAGAGACAGCAUCAGUUUCUUGCAGAUCAACAUUACUCUCUAACGCGCAGACGGAGACAAACACUGACGAAGAAAAUGCCAGCAUACAUCAUUACAUACUUCGGUGUGAGAGGGCGCUGUGAGACGAUGAGGAUGUUACUGGCUGACCAGGGUCAGGAAUGGAAAGAGAAUGUCGUCCCUUUUGAUGUCUGGAUGAAGGGAGACCUUAAAGCUACAUGUGUAUUUGGCCAGUUGCCAAAAUUUGAAGAUGGUAAUUUCACGCUUUACCAGUCCAAUGCCAUUCUGCGCUACUUGGCGCGAGCCCAUGGUCUUUAUGGAAAGGAUGACAAGCAGGCAGCGCUGAUUGAUAUGAUGAAUGACUCUUGUGAAGACUUCAGACUUAAAUAUGCUAGAAUGAUAUACCAGGAUUAUGAAAAUGGUAAAGCCAAGUAUAUUGAGGAUCUGCCUGGCGAUCUGUCCAAGUUUGAGAAGAUUCUGUCUGACAACAAAGGAGGCUUUCUAGUAGGAGACCAGAUUUCAUAUGCUGAUUACCACCUCCUGGACCUGCUGCUAAUACACCAGGUCCUGUCACCUGGAUGUGUCGACUCGUUCCCGGCUCUCAAGAGCUACGCGGAGCGCCUGUCUGCACGUCCCAAAAUUAAAGCCUUCCUCGAGUCUGAGGCACACAAGAGCCGCCCUAUCAACGGCAAUGGAAAACAGUGAAUGCCACGCUGUGUAACCAUGGAAACGCUUAACGGAGAGUACAUUCCAUCCUAGAGUAGGCUGUAAAAAAUAAAAAUAAAAAAAAAUAAACUACA